AUGGAUAGACUGCCAGAUAUUAACGCCCUGCCAUCUCUCUCGGCUUCAACACGGAACCAGGUUGUCGAUCUCCUUUUUGAGCCCUCCGCCCACAUACAUUCGCUGGUCAGCUUGAUACUUGAACAAAAUGAAUUCACCUCAUAUCCCACCUUGAUAAACGCAAUUCAAGAAAGACUUACUGCCAUUGCGUCAUCAACGGCCGCCGAGGACCGCACUGUUCUCCUGGAUAUCCUUGGUUCUCAUCCGCGACUUGGGCCAAAGCCAUCAUCGCCCAAAGCUGCCAAAGAUGGGACUUGUCCACGAGGGGAUCAUCUAAGCGAGAUGAGCAGAGCUGAGCAGGCGAAUCUGAACAAAGCAGGGCAGCAAGGAACUGCUGAACAGCUGAGUGCCUUAAACCACGAAUAUGAACAGCACUUCCCGGGUCUAAGAUAUGUCACGUUUGUAAAUGGCCGCGCAAGGGACGUCAUCAUGGAAGACAUACGCCGGCGCAUCGACAGGGGUGACUCGGAGCUGGAAAUACUGGAGACAAUCCAGGAGGCUAAAUUCUUCUUCGAGUGCAUUCCGACCGCUAUCGCGGACUUCAGACAGCUAUAUAAGAUGCCUAUGGAGCAAUACGCGCGCCUGGGGAAUGGUAUGACAGUGCCUGGUGCGGCACCCGACCCAGUCACAUCUCAGUCCAGUACCAAUGGACUAGGUGAGCGCGACGAGAAGCACUGGGGAAACGGAUAUGAAGGUCAGCUCAUUAGUUCUUUCGGAUCGGAGCGUGAUGAUUUUGACUCUCUGGAAAGUUUUGCGCAAGACAGCCCAGCAAAUGGCAAUCUGGCACACGGCGGCCUCCAGCAGCUUGCGCCCAAAGAUCCGACUGAUGCGCUGUCGAGGGACAAUUCUGCCCCCACACCGCCACCUCUCACAAGGAAUUCCACCGUCAAGCCUUCUUCGGUUACACUUCUUCAGCAGAAACAUUCAUCCUCGACUUCUAUUCCACUUCUCGCGUCACAAUCGCACACCCCAAUCGACCCUCUAUCUCAGCAAAUCUUACACCGUACAAACACAGAAAAAACUUUCUCAUCCAAACUUCGACCGCAGACAUCUCUUGAUGUCGAGAGUGUACCUCUGGAGGCUGGUCGUUCUCCUGUCUUUGAAGACCCGUCGCUGGCUGUACGCGCUGAUAGUCAUUCGUUACAAAGGCCGACUAAGGACAAAAAGAAAGGCGUUUCAUUCCUUAGCCGCAUUAUUGGAAACAAGAAAAAGGACGAUCAUUCGGAAACAAAUGACGAUGUAUCGGAAUUGGGCGAGCAUCGUGCUGCUGGUAUGGAUGCGGAAAUAUUUGCUCAACCGAUAGGAUAUAUCCCUCGGUUUCCACCACCCCCAAAGUAUAUCAGAGUUCGCGCACACCAUAAAAAGACAAAAGACUUUAAUAAGUUGUUUGUGGCUCAGGAGCUCAAGGCAAAUGAUGCGCAAGACACUAGCUCAGAGAACAAAGAUACUACCAUUAAUGUCUUUGAGUCAGAUGCGGCUGCUCAGGAGGGGAAGGCCGUGUGGGUCACCGAGUUCUCAAAGGAUGGUAAAUAUUUAGCCGUGGCAGGCCAGGAUAGAAAAGUGCGGGUCUGGGCUGUGAUUGCGACCGCUGAAGAUAGACAAUCGCAUGAAAUUGAGGAAGAGGCCCAAGCUGAUCAGCCAUCGAUGCGCCUGAGCGCACCUGUUUUUAAAACACAACCAUUACGCCAGUAUGAAGGGCACACUGGUAGUAUAGUCGAUGUUAGCUGGAGCAAGAACAACUUUUUGCUGACUUCCUCCCUGGAUAAAACAGUUAGACUAUGGCAUGUGACUAGAAACGAGUGCCUCUGUUGCUUCAAACACAAUGACGUCGUGACAUCUAUUGAAUUUCACCCAAAAGAUGACCGCUUUUUCCUUGCUGGAUCCCUAGAUUCAAAAAUGCGACUUUGGAGCAUUCCUGACAAAAAUGUUGCAUUUUGGGCUGCUGCUCCUGAUCUAAUCACUGCCGUUGCGUUUACCCCUGAUGGCAAAAAUACAAUCACUGGCUGUCUGAAUGGACAGUGUAUUAUAUAUGAGACAGAUGGGCUAAAAAUGGUUUCGCAAAUCCACGUACGUUCGGCGAGGGGCCGAAAUGCCAAAGGGAGCAAGAUUACUGGAAUUGACACUCUUAUGUACCCCCCAGGCCAGGAGUCGGGUGGUGUUGUGAAGAUUCUCAUUACGAGCAAUGACUCCCGCAUCCGUCUAUACAACUUAAGAGACAAAACAAUGGAGGUUAAAUUUCGGGGUAAUGAGAAUUCUGCAAGCCAGAUUCGGGCGUCUUUCAGCAGUGACGGACGGUACAUUGUUUGUGGCAGUGAGGACCGCCGGGUCUAUAUCUGGCCAGUUGAGGGUAACGAGAGAUUUGGGGAUAAGCGACCCCUGGAGAGCUUUGAAGCGCAUUCGUCCAUGGUAACCACUGCUAUCAUAGCACCUGAGAAGACGAAAGAAAUUCUUGGUUCAACUGGAGACCUCUUAUAUGAUUUAUGUAAUCCGCCGCCGAUCACGUUGGUCAGCCAAACACCGUCUGUGGCGUCGAGGUCAGCUAAUGAUGUCGGGGCAAAAGAGCCUCCUUCCCCCGCAGCUCGUCCGCCUGCAUCAGAGCCGCAAAAGCCGGCAGAGUCUCCCGCGUAUCGUGCACGUAUGUCUCACCGUGCAGGAAACAUUAUCGUAACCGCAGACUACAACGGAAUUAUCAAGGUUUUCCGACAGGAUUGCGGCUAUCAAAGGCGUCAGUAUGAAACGUGGGAAACGAGUUCGCUAUUUUCGAAAAAGCUACUGGGACGGAAUAACUCAGUGUCUACGCGUAGAAGUGCUAUGUCGAUAGGCAAGGACUCGGUGCACAAAACGCCCUCUGAGCGAAUUCUGUCAUGGAGAAAUUCGGUCAUCGGAUCGCGGGACAACGCCAGUGUCGAUAAUUUCCGCGCUACCGAAGGAAGUAGUAUACGGAGUGUGUCACCUAUUUCAUCCGUACGAAAAUCCAGCAGCACACCGAAAGUUGAUUCUAACCCGCCGAUGAGACUCCCCGGCCGGCUGGCACACAUUUCAAGUCCCAUGUCACGGACAAAACCCCCCACACCACCCCACCCGUUCUCAGGAACCAUCAUACCCGAGUCAAGCGCAAGCACGAGCCGGGGUGAUAUGGAUGCUUCCAAGAACAACAAUAAUUAUAAUAAUACCCAACCUAAAGGUGGCGAGUUUGAAGACGAUCCGCUCUUCUUGGAAGGCAACCGGAGCUUUAUGUUCUGGAACAAGUCACGGUUUGCAUCUCAAGCGGCAAAUCGAAGGCGGUCAUUGGUCGAAAGCCGCGAAGAUGUCCCGCCAUUGGGCAGCUUGACGAGCGACGAGAGUGCGGAUGACGACAGAGAUACGAGCGGCAGCUUAAACGAGGACGAUGAGGAAGAGUUGACUUGUCCACGCUGCCACGGCACGAAUUUCAAGGCGACGAGGAUGAAGACUGGGGAGCAGCGUUUGAAAUGCGUCCAAUGCGGCGGAUUUGCCUCUUGA